AUGAGCGAAGAAGAAGAUUCCAACGAAGGAAACAACAAGAGUGCUGAUCCCAAGGAGGACAACCAGGCGGCCGUCCCGGAGCGUCCAGGCUUUGCAAUCAAGCCUGAUGUGGUUGUGGUUGUUGGAGGUAUAGAGUUUCAAGAGUCAAGCUACGCCCUUCGUGUAUGGAGUGAGUAUUUUGAUGCAGCUUUUCGAAGUGGGAUGCAAGAAUCCACCACCAAGAGGUUUGAAUUCCCCGACAAGAAUCCAGAAGACUGGAAGUUCAUCAUGUCUCUGUUGGAUCCAUUCUCUGAUGCAGAGAUCACCAAGCAGAAUGUGGAUGUAGUUCUCUCUUGGUUUGAUGAACUUUGUGUUACUCGAGGAUUGAAAGGCUGCGACAAUGCCCUUUACGAGAUGGUCAAGCCAACCUCUAGCAUCAAUUCAGCGACGGAGCUUGCAACCAUUGUCAAGCAAUUAUCCAAGAGCCUUCAAUUUGACCUUCGCAAGACCAAAGCCAAGUGCCUGAAGCUUGUCUGCGGAGUCGUCAAGGCCAAACCAUUGUGGCUCAAAAAGGGACAACUGGAACCUGCUCUCAACCUCGUUAUUGAAUACAUUGAUUGUCGUGAAGUGCUUUGGGGUACCCUUCAGAUCUUCCUUCCUUCGACCAUUACUGACCCCAAGGAGCAAGACAUGCUGAUUCGUUCAGGAAUUCUCCAAAAGUGCAUUUUGGCCGAAGUGAAGAUCAAGCAAAGCAAUGAUGCCAUUGGAAUCUUGAAAGCGGCUGCUACGAAGAAAGACGACGACAUUCGUAUCUUGAAAGCGGGCUCCAAGAGCAGACGGGACAAUCUUCAAAACAAAAUAGAAGUGAUGCGGAAAUGCGACAACUGCAGAAUCCAUUUAACGCUUUCUGAGAAGCGCGGUAAGAAAAAAAGGCUGCUACCUUUUUGA